AUGACUUCUCGAUAUCGAGGAAUUAUAAAAAUUGCUAAUUCAUGGGGAAACAUCGUAGGUGAAUUAACUGAUCGAUUGAAAAGUAAAAACUAUGCUGCUGAUAUUACACUUCUUGAUCCAUCAUCCAAGGAGUGGAUAGAUGGAAAUAUUACAACUGCAUCCUUUUGGGGAAAAGAAUAUGUCAUCCAUAUGAAUGGAAAAUAUUUAAUAAUGAAAAGCAAACCUGAUCUUACCACCGAAUUUUAUGAAAAAAGUCGAGGCGAACGCUUGGCUCAAUUCAAAAAACGACCUUGGUCAAGAUUGUGGGCUGCAAGAUUUGAUAUAGACAUAUUUUCGUUGAAAUUUCCAGAAACAUUGUAUAUGCUCGCACUAGUUGUUAAUGGAUAA